CAUAAUCCGUCCGCAGAAGCUUCUUAUAUUCUGUACUGUACAUAGAAUUUCAUUUAUUUUUUGCUUUUGCUUCACCUCCGGAUCUUGCGGAUAAACCGCUCUUUGCCCAUCAUGUCCAAAUAUGCCGAGAUGGCCAAGGGCAAAUUGUCCUCGGGCCGCGAAAAGGCCUCCGAAUACAAAGGCAAAGCCAAGGGCAAGGUGACAAAGCACAUUCCCGGCCGAGGCCAUAAGGACGACCACGAUGCUCCCACUCAUGUCGCCCGCCCCUUGAAUUCCCUCCGAGAUCCAAACUCCUUUGCUCCUCCGCCCAAGCGCACCGGCUCCGGCCUCGCGCCUCCUCCUCCUCCCUCUUCAGCCAAAAGGUCCGUUGUCACGGCGCCGUCCAAGUAUCAAGAUCCGCAUGGGCCGAAGGUCGAACCGCCGCCCAGAUUUGCCGACGAGAGCCAAUUGGAGGCGUACGAGGCAGAGCAGGAAGCCCACCCAGUGUCAUCCGGACCCUACAGAGUCAACACGACGGGACUGUCGACAGAUCACCUCCCGCCUCCUCCCGUGAGGAGAGACGCUGCUGGCAGCCGGAGUCCGCCUUCGUAUGAUUCAGUUGUCGGCGCCGGCCCUGGCGAUACCAAAGCCCCGAGUCUUCCCCCGAGAUUGCCUCCGCGAUCAGGUUCCGGAACGCCGGAUCGAACGGCCAGCCCCCUAUCAACACUCGGAGUCAGCUCCAGCAACCUGAACCAGGGGGCCGUCAACAGAUUGGGCGCUGCCGGCAUCAAUGUGCCCGCCUUUGGCAUUGGAUCUUCUUCUCCCAGCCAUGCCGACGACGAGACUCCUCCCCCGAAGCCUCCCCGACCAAAUGCCACGCCGCCGUCACAGCUCAAUGAGCUGCAGAACCGCUUUGCCAGACUGGGGACUUCAAACACGGGAUCUUCAACGGGGCCUCCGACUCCUCCGAGCGAGGUUACGACUGCUGCUACAGCCACUGCCACUACAUGGGCACAGAAGCAAGCUGCUAUCAAGGCGGCAUCGCCAGUGCCAUCGCCAUCGCCAACAGGAUCAACAGGAUCGUCGGGGCUUGCAGGGCUUGCAGGGAAGAAGAAGCCGCCGCCUCCGCCCCCCAAGAAGAAGCCUAGUCUAUCUGCCGCAGCACCUCCUGCAGGCAAUGGGGGCGCGCCACCCCCUAUUCCCAUGUCGACUCGUCCAUCAUACUAA